GAGGAGAGCCCCGCGUGGGGUCUCUGCCAGAGCCUUGUUAGGAUGGAGCCUCGGCGCGCCUGACCGUGGCAGACGGAGCGGUGGCGCCCUGGAGUAGCUGCACAAAGGAAAAGGCCCAUACGGCGGAGAUGGGUGUGCGCACAUGCGUGCCCAGCCCUGUCGGCGCACAGCCCGCGCUCCCGGCUCCGAGGGCAGGUGCGUCCAGCGCAAGCCGAUUACCGCGCGAGACAAGCCCUGGGGUAGGGGCGGCCGUGCGAGCAGCCGGCCCGGCGGGAUGGCUGCGCCUCUCCCCGUCAGCCCCCUCCUCGCUUCGGCCACUCUGCAGGCACCUGGCAGGCAAGGAGGGGAGCCGAGGCAGGUGCUCAGACCCCCGGUACCAGCAGGAGCUUCUAAAUCGCUGUCUCCUCUCCCCAAAAGCUGCGAGGACGCGCCGUGAGUCGACCCACUCCCGCGGGCUCCGCGCAGGGCCAGGGGCGCAGCUCUCCACCUGGCAAGAGACGGCGCUCGGGCGCGUGCGCGCUCCCGGAGGCGGGGGAGCCGUGGGCGUGGAGGCGGGAGCGCUGGGCGCGCCGCGGGGCGUGAGGCGGCUGGCGCGGAGGAGCAGGGUCCUCGGGCCGCCCGCCGCCUCCGCCCUCCCUUCCUCCCCUCCUCAGCUCCUCGGCUCCUGGGCUCCUCCAGCGCCUCCCGCUCCUCCACCCUGUGCGCGCAGGCUCCGAGCUCCCUCCGCGUACCGGCGGAGCAGCCUUUUUCCUCACCCCACCGGAAGGCGGCGCCGAAGAUCCGACCCACCGGGACAGCAAAGCCAGAGAGCGGGGCGCUCCCUCGGCCGGGGCAGCCCGACGCGCAGUUUCAGCGGGAUUUGGGGCGACUUGUUUUUCUUACGUCCACAAUUGCCAUUUCCCUCUCCCCGAAAGCCAGACGUUACGUUGGGAAAGCUGCUGGAUUUUAGUCUUUGAGACAAUCCCCUGAAGGGCGUGGCUGGCCGAGCGGCCCAGCAAAGUUGGCCUGGGCUGGGAGGGACUCGUUUCGUGCCUGAAGAGAGCGAGGAAGAGCGUGAGGGCAGCGCAUCCUCGGGAGGAGAUGUCUUUGAAACACCAUCCGUGACAGCCGCAGGAACACUUACGUGUUGCUUUGUUUUGUUUACACACUGAGUGGCUUUUCGGUGAAAUGCGGUUUUGGUUACAGGAAGAAAUGGCCCCCCAGGAGCUCAGCCGGCGACUGGCCACAGUGAUCACUCAUGUCGAUGAAAUUAUGCAGCAGGAAAUCAGGCCGUUGGUGGCAGUGGAUAUAAUUGAACAACUUCACAGACAGUUUGCCAUUCUCUCAGGAGGCCGAGGGAAAGAUGGUGCCCCCAUCAUCACUUUUCCAGAGUUUGUGGGGUUCAAACACCUCCCAGAGGAAGACUUCCUAAAUGUCAUGACUUACUUGACUAGCAUCCCCAGUGUGGAGGCUGCCAGCAUCGGAUUCAUCAUUGUUAUCGACCGGCGACGGGACAAGUGGAGCUCCAUAAAAGCAUCAUUGACACGAAUAGCUGUAGCAUUUCCUGGAAACUUGCAGCUCAUAUUCAUCCUUCGUCCAUCUCGCUUUAUCCAGAGGACAUUCACUGACAUUGGCAUUAAAUAUUAUCGAGAAGAAUUUAAAAUGAAAGUGCCGAUUGUUAUGUUAAACUCUGUGUCUGACCUUCAUGGCUACAUUGACAAAAGCCAACUGACAGAGGACUUAGGGGGAACUUUGGAAUACCGCCACAGUCAGUGGAUAAAUCAUCGAACUGCCAUCGAAAACUUUGCCAUGUCUUUGAAGACCACUGCCGAGAUGCUCCAGAUGUUUGGGGCCUGCCUCGCCACAAAAGAGCUGCCCAGCAGUGUACUGUCUGCUGAAGACCUCCUUAUGUCCCACACAAGGCGGCGGGACAAGCUGCAGGAUGAGCUGAAAUUACUUGGAAAGCAAGGGACCACAUUACUGUCAUGUAUUCAAGAACCAGCAACCAAAAGUCCCUCCAGUAAACUCAAUCCCAGUGAACUAGAGAAUGUAGCUACCAUGGAACGGUUAUUACUUCAGUUGGAUGAGACAGAAAGAGCCUUUAAUCAGUUUUGGUCUGAGCAUCACUUGAAGCUUAACCAAUGCCUACAGCUACAACACUUUGAGCGCAAUUUUUAUGAGGUUAAGCUUGCCCUGGACAGUUUGCUGGCAGAGCAAGUGGAGUUUACAGACAUUGGCGACAGUGUGAUAUGCGUGGAGCAACUUCUUAAGGAACACAAAAACCUGGAAGAAAAAGGCCAGGAUACCUUGGAAAAGGCCCAGCUGCUUUCAAUAAUUGGGGACCAACUCAUCCAAAGCCACCACUAUGCAGUGGACUCCAUCAGACCCAGAUGUGUAGAGCUCAGGCACCUCUGUGAUGACUUCAUCAAUGAAAAUAAGAAAAAAUAUGACAUUUUAGAAAAGUCCUUGGAGUUGCAUAGACAGCUGGACAAGGUCAGCCAGUGGUGUGAAGCAGGAAUCUACCUUUUGGCUUCCCAAGCUGUAGACAAGUGCCAAUCACGAGAGGGGGUUGACGUUGCCUUGAAUGACAUUGAAGCAUUUCUGAGUACAGCGAAGGAAUACCAGUUGCCCAGCCACAUGGAAUUUUACAACCAGUUUGAGUUGAUACUCACCAUUGACGUCAAGGCCAGAGCCCAGGAAGUCCUGCAGAAGCUGAGCGACGUACAGGAAAUAUUUCACAAGAGGCAAAUGAGUCUGAUGAAACUGGCAGCCAGACAGACUCGCCCAGUGCAACCCGUGGCCCCCCACCCUGAGUCAUCCCCAAAAUGGGUGUCACCAAAAACCAGCCAUACCUGCAUCUUGGCUCCUCUUCAGAGGACAUCUGAGGAAACUUAUGCAGGGACAUUGGAAAAGGAAGAUGACAAGACUAAAUUUGAAGUCAAGAAUGAAGAAAUAUUGGAAAGCAGUCAUGAUGGGGAGAACCCUAAGCCAGAACAGCUUGACAGUCCUGAAAAUCUUUCCCCUACCAGGCGCAUCAUACAUGACUUGCUUGAGACGGAAGAGAUUUAUAUAAAGGAGAUUAAGAGCAUAAUUGAUGGCUAUAUCACUCCAAUGGAUUUUAUUUGGCUGAAGCAUCUGAUUCCAGAUGUUCUUCAGAAUAACAAGGAGUUUCUCUUUGGGAAUAUUAGGGAACUUUAUGAAUUUCACAACAGGACUUUUCUAAAAGAAUUGGAAAAGUGCACCGAAAACCCUGAACUUCUGGCACGUUGCUUUCUCAAGAGAAAAGAAGAUCUGCAGAUAUAUUUUAAAUACCAUAAAAACCUUCCCCGAGCGAGAACAAUCUGGCAAGAAUGUCAAGACUGCACCUUCUUUGGGGUAUGCCAGCGCCAACUGGAUCAUGAGCUCCCUCUUUUUAAGUAUCUCAGAGGACCAAGCCAGAGACUUAUAAAAUACCAGAUGCUGUUGAAGGGGCUGCUGGAUUUUGAAUCUCCGGAGGAUUUGGGGAUAGACCCAGGUGACCAAGAAGAAGGUUUGGCUAAGAAUGGGCCAAAGAGGACCAAGGAUUCCACAUUCUCAGCCGAACUACAGCAAGCUUUGGCCAUGUUGGAAGAUUUGAUCAAGUCCUGUGAGUUGGCCAUGGACCUGGCAGCAGUCACUGGAUGUCCGGAUGAUAUCAAGAAACUGGGCAAGCUGUUGAUGCAUGGCUCUUUCAAUGUCUGGACAGUUCACAAGGAUCGUUAUAAAAUGAAGGAUUUUAUUCGAUUUAAGCCCAGCCAGAGGCAAAUCUAUCUAUUUGAAAGGGGAAUCGUGUUCUGUAAGAUUCGAAUGGAGCCCAGUGACCAGGGACUCGCUCCUCAUUACAGCUUUAAGAAAUCUAUGAAGUUGGUGACACUGUCAAUUCGCCAGCUUGGCAGGGGGAGCAGCCGAAAGUUUGAAAUUGCCCACCGAAAUGGACCCGAGAAAUACAUCCUGCAGGCAGCUUCAAAAGAAAUCAGAGAUUGUUGGUUUUCAGAAAUAAGUAAAUUACUGAUGGAACAACAAAACAGUAUUAAAGAUAUUGAUGAGGGUGAAGGCAAUGGCAAACGAAUCUCCUCAAAAGCAGGCCAAAUUCUUCCCUUUCUCCAAGGCUGCUCCAGCAGAGAGUUCAUCUCCAUGGAAACCUCUGAGGAGCCUGAAGGUGCAGAAGAAAUGGAAAAGGAGAACAGUGCUCUGAGUCUAUCCGGACUUUUCCAGUUGGACGACAGUUAUGAAUCGUGUUCCUCCAAAUCUGUCCCGGAAAUGGGAGAAAGCAUCCAGGGGAAAAAAGAAGGUGGCGAUGAGGACAUGUGAGUGUGAAAGAGGAAAGAACAGUAAGCGAACUGGUUAGCCAUUGCUCCCCUGACUCUUGUUGAAUUUCAGGACAACGAACAAAACUAAGCCAGGGUCCACUGGCUUGCUCGCCCCUGCGGCCGGGGCGACAGCUAGCUUACGGGCAUAAGCAGUGCGGGCGAGGGAAGGAUGCCUGAGGAUCCCCUCCCCGGAGAACUGACACUGGCACCAGACCCCCGCGGCUCCCCGCUCGGCCGAGGCCCCCAGACCGCCUUCGUUCCGCUCACAGGCUGCGGCGGCCGCUGGGGGGCCCGGCCCACCCUUACACAGAAAGCAGCCAACGGGCAUCGGACCCUCCGAAUCUGUCACCCUAGCGCGGGGGAAGGGCCAGGACCACCUUCCAGAAGACUAAGGGUCCACGGCCUCCGGGGGAGCCCACCCUCCGGGUAUGAGCCGCAGGGAACCUGGGAGCUGCUCCCCACGCGCGUCUCUACGCUCGUCUGCAGAGGUUAGCGAAGCUCAGUCCUGGAGCGCUCGGCCCAAGGUUUCUCAACGUUGCACUCAGACUUUGGGGGCUGGGGAAUUCUAUGUCGGGGAGGGGAGGGCAGUCUUAGCAUUGUAGGGUAUUUCACAGCAUCCUUGGCCUCUUGCCGCAAGAUGCCAGUAACAGCCCUCUCCCACCCGUUCACCCAAAUUAUGACAAUCAAAAAUGCCUUCAGACGUUGCCAAUUUUUUCCCGGGGCGGGAGUGGGGAGAUCCGUUGAGAAUCUCCUCCCCGAGCCUUGGAGGAGCCGAAACUCGACAGGGGCAGCCCUGUGCUCUUCUCCCCGAAUCCCCACAAGAACGUUCCGGUGGUGUUUGUGUUACUUUGUCCCAGGAUUGUAUCCUUUCAGAGAGGGUUGGUUCCAAGUUAAUGUCUGAGGUAUUUCGUUUUAGAUUUAUUGGUUUGAAGAUUAGUUUCAGUUAUUUUCAGUUAUUUUUUAUUUUUCGAUAUAUUAGUUAAUUUUUAGGUAACCUCUAUUUUGGGUUUUCUAGUUAUUUCAUUUUAUAGCUUUAAAGUUACUUGUUUAUAAAUAUUUUGUUACUUAUUUAGCUACUCAACAUUCACUGCAAGUUUUUUUUUUAAUUUUAUUUAUUUAUUUGACAGAGAGAGAGAUCACAAGCAGAGGGAGUGGCAGAGGGAAAGGGAGAAGCCGACCCUAUGCUAAACAGGGAGACUGACAUGGGGCUCCAUCUCCAGACCCUGGGAUCAUGACCUCAGCUGAGGGCAGACGCUUAAUGACUCAGCCACACAGGCGCCCCACACUGGAAGUUUUAAAAUUAUUUUUGAAUUAUUUUCAGAAAAAAAAAUGUUUUUAGUUGUUUUAGAGUUUUUUUGUUAGUUUUAGUUAUUUAUAAUCACAGUUAUUUUUAGUUAUUUUAGAGUGGGGUUAUUUUUAUAUUCAUUUAUUAAUUAUCUUUUACUUAUUUGGUUUUCAAUUAUUUUAUUUUCAAUUGUUGCAUUUUUUAAAAAUUUUAUUUACUUGACAGAGAGAGAUCACAAGUAGGCAGAGAGGCAAGCAGAGAGAGAGAGGAGGAGGAAGCAGGCUCCCUGUUGAGCAGAGAGCCCGAUGCGGGACUCGAUCCUAGAACCCUGAGAUCACCACCUGAGCUGAAGGCAGAGGCUUCAACCCACUGAGCCACCCAGGCGCCCCCAAUUGUUGCAUUUUUGAACAUUAUAUUUCCUGAAUUUUUUUAUUUUCAGAGUUUUGAGAUAUUAGUUUUGAGUUAUUUUUAGUUAUUUAUUCUCAAAUUACUUUUCAGUUACAUCUUGGCCACUUAAAAUUGUUUUUUCUGUUCUGUAUUUUUACUUCUUUCAUUUUCAGAAUUAUUUAAUAUUAGGAUUACUUUGUCUAGGGGAUCCAAACAAAAGAGAGACACGACAUCAGUUAUUUUAACAGAAAGAAUUUAGUAUAAAGAAUUGUUAUCCAGCUAUUGGAGAGUUUAAGAGGGAAGAAGUGAUAAUGUGAUACCAUGGAGAUGUUAACUGCAAGAAGCAUCUACCAGCCCAAGGGCUGAGGGAGCAAAGGGAAGAAAUUGGAGGUGGCCUUGCAUAGCUGGGGUUAGUCCUCUGAGGAGGAAGUGCUGCCCCAUAGGACAGGUGUCCCAGGAGCUGGAAGUUAGUCUGGGAGCUGCCAGCUGGUGCUGGUGUCUUUGAAGCGGGUGGGGCGGGUGGGGGGGGGUGGUAACUGAAACCAGAUAUUGCUCUCAGAGUGCAGACCAGUUGCCAGGUGGAUGCCAACAGGAACUCAGGUACACAGAGGUCCCUCUCCCCACUUCUGUCCUCUGGUCAGUCUGCUCUAUUGGCCAGGCUUCACAGGGAACAGCUGGCAAAAGAGGUGAGUGGCCCCAGCCCACAAAGCAGUGAUUAGAAGGGUGGGCUGAAAGCUAAGAAAUCAAGGCUAAUAACCAGCACCCUGACCUCUCGAGUUAUUUACUUUUAAAGCUAGUUUUGGAUUUAGUUAGUUUUGAAAUUGUUAGCAUGAUUUGAUUUUAACUUCUCACUGGACGUGGGAUCUGGCUAAGUUUUUGUUUCUCUGAUUUGUUUCUGGAAUGGAGUGGGAACUUCUUAAACAUCUGAGGACUGUCUCCCAUGUCACUCAAGAAAAUUACUUCAGAAUUUAAGAAAACAAAAAUAAGUGUCUUACUUUGUUCAUAAAGAAGCCCUUUGACUACAUGGCCAAAAAAGGGCAGAGACUAAGGGACAGACCAUCAGGGAGAGGAUCUUCAGCAAAAUUGUCCAACAGAGUGUUCUUUGAAAUUUUUCAGGAAGUUAUGUUGUGGAGCUAUCCUCUUGUGCCCCUUUCCUAACAACAAAAUAUCUUUCUUGAUGGUGUGUUUCACAUUUGUAGACUACAAUAUUGAUUGUUUGAACACAAAAAUAAAGUUGUUUCCAAACCCA